UAAUAAUUAAUGCAAAAACAGCCAAUUGAAAAGCAAUAGUCAUGUUUUUAAUCCUCCAAGCUAUUAACAAUAUACACCAUUUAAUCCUCUUACCCACUAAAAAAUUUUAAUAAAUAAAGGGAUUUUAUCAUGAAUCCGUUUAUUCGAGAUGCCUUAUUUCCAACUUCUUUUUACCACUUUUAUUCUAUUCGGACAUGAAGUUAAAGGUUCUUUUUUACUUCACAAAUGGGUAGACUGGAUCAUGUAUCUCAUUUAUAUAGACCAAUUGAUAGACUUAUAAAGAAAGUCACACCCUAUAUCUUUUUCUACAUAGUGAUCGUAUUAACUCAUCGAGCUAUGUUCUAUUUGGCGAAAAAAAAGAUAAAAUAGAAAUUAUCUUUUGGAGAGAUGGCCGAGUGGUUGAUGGCUCCGGUCUUGAAAACCGGUAUAGUUCAUAAAAAAUAACUAUCGAGGGUUCGAAUCCCUCUCUCUCCUUUUGUUGGAUGAAUAGAUUUUUUUCUUUAUUGGCUUUUUUUACUUCUUAGCAUCAUAAAAAAGGAGAAUGGCUCGGCUAUACUAUCCAGCCGAGCCAGAAAAAACGAGAUUGAAUUGAAAGAAAGAAGACUUUUUAAUAUGACCCGAUUUUUACUUUCCUAUUUUAACUACUACUUUAGUUAAGAGGAGUCAUAGAAAGAACAGGUUCAAAAUCACGAUCAAUUCCUUUUUCAAAUCCUGCUGCCGCUGCCCGAGCUCUUCCCGCGUGCCAUAAAUGACCCACGAAUAGGAAGAAUCCUAGAACAAAAUGAGAGGUAGAUAACCAACUUCUCGGAGAGACGUAAUUGACUGCAUUGAUCUCAGUAGCUACGCCCCCUACAGAAUUUAAGGAACCUAAAGGAGCAUGAGUCAUAUAUUCUGCAGAACGUCGUUCUUGCCAAGGUUGUAUGUCUUUUUUCAACCUACUUAAGUCCAAACCAUUAGGACCCCUUAAAGGUUCUAACCAGGGAGCACGCAGAUCCCAAAAACGCAUUGUUUCUCCUCCAAAAAUAACUUCUCCAGUCGGGGAACGCAUUAAGUAUUUACCUAAACCUGUAGGUCCUUGAGCAGACCCCACGUUAGCUCCAAGACGUUGGUCUCUAACUAGAAAAGUAAAUGCUUGAGCUUGAGAAGCUUCUGGCCCUGUAGGUCCGUAAAACUCACUAGGGUAAGCAGUAUUAUUAAACCAGACAAAACAACAAGCAAUGAAACCACAAACAGAUAAAGCAGCUAAACUAUAAGACAAGUAAGCCUCCCCAGACCAUACAAGUGCGCGGCGAGCCCAUGCAAAAGGUUUGGUUAAGAUAUGCCAGAUUCCACCAAAUAUACAAAUGGAACCUAACCAUACAUGCCCUCCAAUUAUAUCUUCCAAAUCGUCCACACUAACAAUCCAUCCUUCUCCCCCAAAGGGAGAUUUUAGUAAAUAACCAAAUAUAACACUUGGGCUAAGAGUCAAGUUUGUAAUUUUUCUUACAUCCCCCCCUCCUGGAGCCCAGGUAUCAUAUACGCCCCCAAAAUAGAGAGCCUUGAAUACUAGAAGAAAAGCACCUACACCUAACAAAAUUAAGUGAAUACCCAAAAUGGUGGUCAUUUUAUUUCUAUCUUUCCAUACAUAACCGAAAAAUGGAAAAGAUUCUUCAAGAGUUUCGGGUCCCAGAAGUGCAUGAUAAAUACCGCCAAAGCCCAAAACUGCAGAAGAAAUUAAGUGAAGUACUCCAGAUACAAAGUAUGGAAAGGUGUCUAUAACUUCUCCCCCAGGACCUACCCCCCAGCCUAAAGUGGCUAGGUGGGGAAGUAAAAUCAAUCCUUGUUCAUACAUGGGCUUUUCAGGUACAAAAUGAGCCACUUCAAAUAAGUUCAUUGCUCCGGCCCAGAAUACGAUUAAUCCGGCAUGGGCUACAUGAGCUCCCAAUAGUUUACCAGAUAAAUUGAUAAGUCGGGCAUUCCCGGCCCACCAAGCGAAACCAGUGGUUUCUUGGUCACGACCAGCUAAAGCUAAAGUUCCAUUAAAGAGCGUUUCCACGUGGUAGAACCUCCUCAGGGAAUAUAAGGUUUUCAUGAGGCUGAUCUUGAGCCGCCAUCCAAGCGCGAAUACCUUCGUUUAAAAGAAUAUUUUUAGUAUAGAAAGUCUCAAAUUCCGGAUCUUCCGCUGCACGGAUUUCCUGGGAAACGAAGUCAUAGGCACGUAGGUUCAAAGCUAGACCGACUACUCCAAGAGCACUCAUCCAUAAACCAGUUACUGGUACAAAUAACAUAAAGAAAUGUAACCAACGUUUAUUGGAAAAAGCAACCCCAAAGAUUUGUGACCAAAAGCGGUUAGCGGUGACCAUUGAAUAAGUUUCUUCGGCUUGAGUUGGGUUAAAAGCACGGAAUGUAUUUGCACCAUCACCAUCUUCAAAUAAAGUAUUUUCUACAGUAGCACCAUGAAUAGCGCAUAACAGAGCCGCGCCCAGUACACCAGCGACUCCCAUCAUAUGAAAUGGGUUCAAUGUCCAAUUAUGAAACCCUUGGAAAAAGAGGAUGAAUCGAAAUAUAGCCGCUACACCAAAACUAGGCGCAAAGAACCAACCAGAUUGACCUAGUGGAUAAAUUAGAAAGACAGAAACAAAAACAGCAAUUGGACCAGAGAAUGCGAUUGCAUUAUAAGGUCGCAAUU